AUGGCAUCUUCACAAGUCUUGAAUACAGCCCCAGCGGACCGCCGUGUCGUCUUAACAAAUGAGAAGGUCACCGGACCAGUGGCUGCAGAAAUGCUGAGGCUCUCUACCCUCGUAGACACCAGCGUACAUAGACAGUCGCUCGAAAUCCUGGACAACGCCACGGGUGGAGGCAUACUAGUGUCCGAGCUCCUGAAGCUAGUGAGUCAGCACUCGAUACAGCCCAAACGCAUCAUAGCCGGCGACCUGGAUGACAAGAUGCUCCAAGCCGCCGCUCAGCAGAAAACCGAUUGCAUAGCCGCAGGCGAGACAGGCUGGCAGAACGUCGAGAUCGCAAAAGUGGAUCACCAAUCCCUACCCUACCUUAGAGAGUCCUUCACCCACCUCUUCUCAAACAUGGGCAUCUUCUUCUGCGCCGACGACCACAAGGCCCUCACGGAAGCAUAUCGAGUCCUGAAACACUCCGGCCAAGCGGGAUUCAGCAGCUGGAAGUCUAUAGCGUGGUGGCCUGAAGUCGCGCAGCCGGCGCUCAAAGCUUACCUCCCUGACACGCCAGAGCUACCGAGUCCAAGCGGCAUGUUCCCUGUCCGUGUCUGGUCGGAUCCCGAAGCUAUCCCUGGCAAGCUAGAUGCAGCUGGGUUUGUGGAUGUGAAGGUUAGUGAGUAUACUUUCACGCCUGUAGCGGAGGCGGAGGAGUUUGCUGAGGCGACUGGGGUGCUCGUGAAUAUUGUGGCGAAGAGGUUUUGGGCUGAGGAGGUGUAUAAGAAGUAUGCUGGCGAGGUGGAGCCAGCGUUGCUGAGGUACUUGAAGGAGCAUUACGAGGAUGGGAGGUGGACUGGUAAGAUGAUUGCUAUUAUUAGCUUAGGCCGGAAAGCAUCGUAA